ACAUUAUAGAAUAUCUUCCUAAAUUGACUCUCGUAUUAGACUUGUUCACAGAUAUAUAAGUGCGGUCAUCUGCAGUUCUGGGUGACUUACUUCUCCAACCGUCUUUCAGAAUCAAACAUCAAGACUCUCUGUAUAUCGUCAAUCAUUUUUGUUGCCAACCACUCGUUUUUAAGGCAAUCCUUAUACCAAAGUAACCAUCAAAAUGCAAUUCACCAUCGUCUCAGUCUUGGCUCUUGCCAGCUUGGCUCUUGCUCAAGACAGCGGAAUUCCAGCUUGUGCACAACCUUGUAUCGACAAAGCAGUUAAAUCAGAGACCACCUGUGGAGCUACUGAUAAAGCUUGCCAAUGUCUACCUGACAACGUCUCGAGUAUUCAAAACGCUGCUACAACCUGUGUCAUCAGUUCCUGCGGUAUCACCGUCGCUUUGACCGUUCCAGCUGCCGCUGCUGCCGCAUGUGCUGCUCUUCCUGCCUCAUCUGCUGCACCAACUUCUGCUAGCUCUGCUAGCGCUGCUCCAUCUUCUUCGGUUGUCGAACCCAGUAGCUCUGCUGCCGCUCCUUCUUCAUCUGCUGCUGAGUCGUCAACUGUGGUCUCUUCCACCGCCGCCUCCACUCCCGUCUCUUCCCAAGCCUCGACUCCAGUAUCGUCUGUUGUCGCCACCACAAUUACUUCAGGCGUAGCUGCACCAACUGGUGGCUCUGGAUCCAACGCUACCGCUACCGGUCCAUCACCUACCUCAACGACUGUUCCAUUCACCGGCGCUGGAGCCCAAGUUAAAGCUAGCUUUGCGGGUGCUCUUGUUCUUGGUGUCGCCGCUGUCUUUGCUUUCUAAGUAAUCGGAUGAAUGAUAAGGAUAAGAGGGUUGUAAUAAUGAUGGAAUGUUAAAGUUUGGACGGCUUGGAAAGUUUGGAAUAGGAACUGGAAGCUGGAAAAGGAAAUGAGAUUGAUGUGUAUGACCGCUGGGUGUUUAAAAUUAAUUCUUCCCACUUAAUAUUGUAAUGGCUUAGGGCUAGUUUGAAUGUAAAAUCCGUGCUGAAUCUGCUGAAAUAAUCUGCACUUUGUGCCAUCACGGAUUUUGUAAUAACAUCAAUCCGCUUCAAAAAGAGCGGAUUAUUAAUCUGUGGUUUUAUAGUUUGGAUAUCAAAUCCGCCAAAUAAUCCAUGGUUUUUCUAGAAUAUUCAAUUUAAACUUCAAUUCGAUAUUAAAACCCCAUAUUUAAAAUUGAAAACUAUAUAAAAAGCUUUAAUAGAGUAAUAAUCUUAAAAAAGUACUUAGAAUUGGAAAAGAA